GGUCCUUUUGCCAGCACCUCCACGUCAACUCGAAGCCUUCUUCACUCGCUCCCCUUCACUCAUUCCUUCACAAUGUCCGCUGACAAGAAAAUCGUCACUCUCGAGGAACUUCGCGCUCACAAGACCCGCGACAGCUUCUACAUCCUCAUCCACGGAAAAGUGUACGAUGCCACAAAGUUCAUGGACGAGCACCCCGGAGGAGACGAGGUCAUCCUCGCAGAAGCUGGCCAGGAUGCAACGGAGGCUUUCGAGGACGUAGGCCACUCUGACGAGGCACGCGCACUGCUGCCAGGCAUGCUCGUCGGCGAGUUCGAGCAGACCAGCGAAAUCAAGCUUACUUCGGGAGCAGCCGCCGCCCAGGCAAACCGAGUAUCAGGAGCCGUCGAGCAGGGUUCAAAUCUCAUGUAUUUCGUCCCCCUCGGCCUCUUGGGUGCCUACUUUGCAUGGAGAUUCUACACGACGGGCUCCGUCUAAACGGAUACCACUUCCACCCGCCACGCACACCCAUAUAUCUCUACACGCACCCCUUGCUUUUUGGUCUUACCCUCGCUUAAUCUAAUGACCCAUUUCCAUUCUCCGUUGGAACAUCCCUCUCUUCCUCCCCGCUUUGUGUGAAGUCGCUUCUCAUUUGCUUUCCUUGCGCUCUCGUUAGACUGGUGGCGGCUCAGUACACGGAUAUCCGCUUCCCUCGCACACAAGAACCCCUCUCGUCCGAUCCCUUUGGACCACGCAACAACACAGCUCCCGGUGCACCUUAUUCAUUACCCCCGACCCGCUCACCCUUUCAUCAUUCCUUCCCUCUUAUCUGUAUGACACUCUUCCCUAACUUGUUGUAGAAACCGACUUGGCUUGUGUGUAAGCUUUACUACAUACUUCCCCUCCUUGGGGUGGUCUGAAUAGAGUUCGUCUUUCCACUUCC